UGCAUAUGUGCACAUGACUGUCUGGCUCAUGAUGGAUGUAGUGUCCCCUUCUUGAGGUGACGUGGCACCCUUAUGAUAUGUGUGCCUAUAUAAAGCCCUAAUUACCUCAUAGAAGAACACAUUCAUCUCAAGCUUGUUCUCUCUCAUUACAUAUUAAUUCUAUAUUCUAUCUCUCCAUUAUUGUUCACCCUUGUGCUAAAUUGAACAACAAAAAAAAUGGGUUCUCAAGUUUGUGAAACUUUAGCUUACAUCAACGGUGAUGAAGGGGUGAGAGGGAUGGAAGCCUUGCAAAUCAACGGUGCUCUUUUGAUGUCAUUGAUGGAAGAAUCAUCACCAAGUGAUAAUCAUGAUGAGAGUGAUGAUGAUCGAUUGGAUAGCCUGAUUAGGUCUUUUGAGGCUGAAAUAAGCGGAAGCAAUAAGAUGGGGGGUGAUCAUGAUCAUGAUUUGGCAUCCAAAGGGUCGGAAUUUGUGAGCAAAAUGGAAGAGUGUGCAAAUCAAACAUGGAACAUCAUGGGAGACGUUGAUGGAGUGGAAUAUUGGGGUUCAUCAUCAAGUGAAUUUGGGGUGGAAUGGGUGGAUAUGGAUUUGGUGCCAUUAGAAGAUAGAAGUAAUUGGUGUGUUGACCCUUGUGGAGAUGAGUAUGCCAUGGCAAAUAACUUCAAAGUUUAUGAUGGGUUUGCCUUGGGAGAACAUGGAUACAACUCCUUGUGGCAAGACAUGGCAUGCAAUUGAUGAUGCCUUGUUAAUUAGUUUGUGAUGUUAUUCACGUAAAUUCAUGUUGUAAUUCUCAAACUGUUUUUAUAAAAUAAAAUAAAAAUGGAAUGAGAUUAUGAGUAACAGAAAGUUCUUUGCCAUGUCGAAUCGAUCUUCACUAGACAAUAACAAGCAAAGCAAAGGAA